GGCGGAGGAGCAUUAAAGGCGGGGUCAUUUCCUCGCAAUGUCGCGUCCGGCUACUUUUCUGGGUCCGUCGUCCGAGGCAUUAGUUCAACCAUGUGGACCUGUCUGGAGAGACGUCGGGCCGGGAAAAGCUAGGUCAGUGCGCCACCUCCACAUGCACACGAGAAGGUAGGGAGGAAGAAUUUAGCGGGAAAAAAAAAGGAAGAAAGAGGGUCUGGCUAGCCAUUGCCACCACCACCACCAGCUUUCGAUCAGUACUGGAACCCCACCAUCCGCCAUGACAACAACGAUGACAACGAAGCAAAAGGCCGUUGUGCUGCCCAAGGAGUUUGGCACCAACGAGAUCCAGGAGCGGGACAUCUACGCGGCAAAGGAGGGCGAGGUCCUCAUCAAGAUCACGUCGACGGCCAUCAACCCCGUCGACUGGAAGAUGCGCGACUGGAACGUCUUUGUGCCCUCGUACCCCGUCAUCUGCGGCUCCGACGCUGCGGGCGAGGUCGUGUCGCUGGGCCCCGCCUACAAGGGCUUCAACAAGGGCGACCGCGUCUUUUUCCAGGGAAGGAUCGCCGUGCAGGAGUCGGCCACGUUCCAGCAGUACUGCACCAUGCCUGGCGAUCUCGUCGCCAAGACGCCGUCGAACAUCACCGACGACGAGGCGGCGGGCAUCAGCCUGGCGAGUAUGGCCGUCGUCACUGCGUUUUACCACGACGACUGCGGGCGGCCCAUCGCGCCGUGUCCCUGGGAGGCUGGGGGCGACAGCGCAGCGCGUGGCAAGGCCAUCAUCAUCCUCGGCGGCUCCUCGAGCGUGGGCCAGUACGCGAUCCAGCUCGCGCGCCUCUCUGGCUUCGACACGAUUGUCACCAAUGCUUCGUCCAAGCACGCCGAGUAUCUCAAGUCCCUUGGCGCCACCCACGUUCUCGACCGGACGACCGCCUCGGCCGAGGAGCUCGCGAGCGCCGCCCUGGCCGGCGGCCACCGCCUCCACUUUCUCUUUGACGCAAUCAGCAACGACGAGACGCAGCUGUUUGGCGUAAAGGUGCUGCAGGCGGCCUACAAGACGUCGCAGGACGCAGACAGCCAGAAGCUCGUCUCGGUUCUCGGCAAAAAGGACGAGGCGCUGGCGCUGGCGGCGGCGCAGGAGCCCCACGUCGCCGUCUUCCCCGUCUAUGGCAUUGGCUCCUACCCGGCGAUUCGGCCGCUGGCGGCGCCGUUCAUGCAGGCCCUCUCGGGCGAGCAGGGAUGGAUCGCAAAGGGCCUCUUCAAGCCAAACAAGCCCCACGUCGUCGAGGGCGGACUCGGGGCCAUCAACGAGGCCCUUGCCCUCAACAAAAAGGGCGUCAGCGGCGUCAAAGUCGUCGUGCGACCCCAGGAGUAGUCAUCAAGCCGUCUUAAUGCUCAUCGUCUGUUUUUCAUCAUUGUCAUCUAGAAGUCAUCUAAGAGAGAAGAGAUAGUAGAGAAGUGUCCAUGAUGGCUGUGGUAGAGUAGAAGCGGUGAAGGGCGAGGCUGGUCAGUGAAUGUAAGAUGAGUAGUGUA